GGAAAAUGUCUACCGAAUGGAUAAAAAAUUUAACACUCAGAAGCAGUAUAAAUACCAGUUGUUCUGCAUAAAGAUUUUGUCUUUCGAUUUUUCACUAUACUUUUUUAUCAAAGACCGUUAUCAUCAUGAAUGCCGAAAAAGUUCUCAUAACAUCAACUGGAUUGUUUGCUGGCGUCGCUCUUGGCGUUUCAUUAUCAGGAGUGCCAACUAUCGCUAUAUCGCAAAGACCAAAGGACACCUGGGAAAAAUUGUACGUUACCGGAAGAAAUACUGUUGUCCCUUUGCUUUUGACCACUGCUGUUGCUGGAAGUAUGGUAUACUCGCGAACAAAGAACCCCAAGAUAUUAGCAACCACCAUCAUCGGUGCUUUCCCGCUACCAUUUACUGUGCUUGUCAUGGGUAGUAAUGUCAAAACUCUGCAGAGCUCUAGUAACGCAGACCCAAGAGUUCCCGAGCUCGCAGCCACAUGGGCUAAACUUCAUUGGGUCCGUACUGUUGCUGGUAUCACUUCUUUUGGUUUGGCUGUCUACACCUUAAUGUGAAAGAUAUA